GAGAUGCUGAAAAAAGAACUGGUUAAGUUGAUGCUGUCUGAUCUAAACAGCCAAUGCCAAAUUUUAUGCAAGACAUCAAAACCUUCAGUAUUGCGUGGUCAAGAUGAAAUUCACUUUAAGUUUGAGAGCGUCUGUAGUGAGCUGAAAGAGAGAGCACCAAUGUUGUACGAUGUACUCCAAACAGUUACCAGAAAGAGAAAUAUUUCCAGAUUAGCUGUAGCUGCAUCAGUUCUGCUUUGGAACAGAAACAUACAUAUGUCACAAGUACAUCAAAUCAUCGGACAAAUUCUAGACCAUGGAGGUGCAACAGAUGAGACUAUUCAAACUCUCGCUGAAAUGGGAUUAUCCAUCGGGCCACAGUCAGUGUCAAAGAAACGAGGAAAACUUGUCCUACAAAAUACAGAAAAGCUGAAUGACAAUUUCCAGAAGCAGAUUCGCCAAACUGUGUUGAACCAUUCAAUAUCGAUGAGCAAGAGAGCAGAGAGGUCAGUCAUGGAGUAUGAACCACCAUCAGCAGACAAAACAGAAUCAGGUACAACUGAUGUUCAUUUCUUUGAUAUGGUGAAUUCAUUUAAAACUCCACAGGCAAAUAAGUAUUUUACAUGUCCAUCUGACCAUUCUUGCCUGACAGUAUCAAGCAAUGAUUAUGUAACAAGAAAAGAAUUUUGUACUGAUGUACCCAAGUCAGAACCAGUACAUGUAUUAUGUAAUCCAACUACAGAGUUGAAAUCACUGACUUUAAACACCAAACUUGGUAGCAUAGAAUUUCCAAGUUUACCGUCAAGGCACCUGAAUCAUUUUCAGUUAAAUGAAUCAGUAGAUGUAGUUGCCAAUAGUGAAAGGAGCAGAGUGAUUUUGAAAGACUUUAUUACAAGAAAUGCUGAUCAGAUUUCACCCACUAUUCCAAGGUUUGAAAUCAUUGGAGACAAUUUAGACCACACCAUAUCACCAACAAAUAUGACAAAAGAUAAACAGAGAAAAAGUCUUCAUUGGUUUUUAAAUGUGGCAGUACAAAGGAGAGUGUUGGCAGAUGAUUUACCGUGUGAUAAGCCCAAAGCAGACAUUAUGAAGGUAGCUAACAGCAACUUCUUGCCUAGUAGGGAAGAUUGUGAAAGUUUUCAUAUCAAUAUGAUCCAUCAUAUUGCGCAAGUCAUUACCAAGUACAUUGACUGUCUGCAGCCAUAUUCACAAUGCAUUCCUAAGUACAUUGACCACCCUUAUGUAAAAGAACUAUCAGAAAAAUCAAAAUACAGCAUUGUUGACCUACUCGACAAGAGUGAGAAUAAAUCCGAUGACAUGAUUUCAAUUCUUGAACAUGUGCAUAGAAAAUAUGUUCCCCAUGCAGGUGAAGAUGUUGUGGAAAAAAUUGUAUUUGGUGGGGAUGUCCUAACCAAUGAACGUGCAUAUUCCAGCCAGCUGGCUAUGAUGAACAAUGAAAGUGAACUAAACCGCCUUGCAGGAGUUGUGCAUAGACCUGAGGGUCUCCAUCGAAUCAUGAAUUUACUCUUGGUAUCCUAAAAAAACAUGUUUCCUGUUCAAGAUGUUAUUGUUGAUGUUAGCAGUUUUUUUAAUUCUUUUGGAUGGCUUAUAUUAAACAUUUAUCAGCAAUUCUACAAGCCCUCAUCAGCUGCAGAUCAAGGGACUUUGUUUCAGUUGCGAAAUGUCCUGCAGAGACGAGACGUUAGUGGCCCAGAUGGCGUCACUGAGAAGUUCAGGUCUCAUAUGACAUUCAUCAGGGACUGUUUAGAUGCAUUUCUUCUCACAGCGUGUAUGGAAGUAUUAGACAUCAAAAGCCUUGAUGAAAAACCUAAAAGGACCAUUCUCCCUGAUUUGUUACAUCUUCAAAGAGAAGAAGAACAGCAUGAUUGGAUAAAAGAACUAUGUUUCCAGAUUUUAGACUCCUUUAUCUACAUUGAAGAAGAUAAUUUGCCAACUGUCACAGCACAAGCUGCUGAGAUGGACAACCAGGAGCUGUUGAUCAGUGAAAUGUAUGAAGUUGAAUCGAAGCAGUACACAUGUACAUGUGAUCGAAAGUACAAGACAAAAGGUCACUUUAAGAGACAUUUGCAAAAUGAACAUAACUGGGUGUUUCAUACAGCAACUGAGGAAUCAUCUGAAUCACCAUCAUCUAAACAAGACCGCAUAGCACUAUGGCGCUCUUCAUUUAUGAAACUUGCGUUAUUACUGAGGGACACAGAAGAUGCUUACAAGUUUGGUGAUGGCACACGUAUAUUCAGAAAUGCUAAGUUUGAAAUGAUGUGUGCUGAUGUUGCUAACCAUUCCAAAUAUAAACUGUGGCUGUGGAGACUCUUAGCAUAUGAAUGUGCUCUUCUGUCACCACGUGAGGCAUUUGAGUACAAGUGGAAUUGUUCCUCAAAUAUUCAUGGAGUGUUGGGGAAAAAUAUCCCUAAUGACAAUCUCGUUGAAAUAUGUGUACAUGUGAUCAAGAAAAAAAUGCGGGAACAAGGUGCUAAUCUUACUUAUGAAAGUGCUAAGAAGAUUGCCUCAUGUGUGCAAAUGCAGGAAGAAAUAAGGAUCAGUGUUCAGCAGCAACUUGGCAUGAAAACUUCAGGUCAAACCAAACCAAGUGUGGACAAGAAAAAAGAUCUUCAACUUAUUAUCAACGAACUUAGAGCUAAUGACAUAUUUAGCUACAUUCCUGGGAGAAAAUUUAAUGCAUUUAAAGAUUUUAAGGACACUUUUUCACGCAUUAAUUUGGUUAAUCUCCAUAAAUGGAUAACAAGCCAAAAAGAACGAGCUAGUUUUGAACAGCAACAGUAGAUUUCACUUGUUUAGAUGUGUUUUGUCUUGUGCCAUUUAUCUUAUUACUUAUUAAAACAAUAUUGAUUA